AAGUAGUAGCAGUGCCCCUUCCAAACCACUCUCUCCUGAGCAGUCAGCAGCUCGCCUCGACGACCUGCGGCGAUGCCGAUGAACGCGGGGCUGCGCGCGUACCGCGAGGUGCUCCGCCUGGUGCGGCGGCUGCCGGCGGAGACGCGGCCCUACUACGCCAAAUACGCCCGCGAGAACUUCGUCAACUACCGCGACCUCUCCGCCGACGACGACCUCGCCGCCCUCCUCCGCCGCGCCUACACCCACUCGUCAUGGGUCCUCUCCAAGUACUCAAUAGACGGGGAGAAGGCUGCGGCGCGGCUCAAGGAUCUCGGCGGCGGCCACCCCGCCGGGCACUGACGCGCGCAGGGUGUUCGACCAUAUGCCGUUCUGCGCUUAAUGCUUCAGUUUAGCGUUUGCUUGUGCUUGUUUUUGUCAAGGGACUUGCAUUAUUCUGUGUUGAAGUGUAUCAAAUUGAGCGAAUAAUUCCUUAUAAAGAGUUGGUCUCCCGUAUUA